CCUUCGUUCUCUUUCGGACAAUCUUCACCUAAUGCCGCUCCCUCAUCGCCUUUCGGGUUCGGUGCCCCACCUAACGUUUUCGGACAAUCAAGUGUAAGCCCCGCCUCCGCGCCCGCGAGUCCUUCGCCUUUCAACCAGCCACAGUCGACGCCAUUCUCUUUUGGCGCACCUGCAGCAGCACCUAGUAACACAGGUUUCGCUUUUGGAGCCUCUAGUCAACCGGCUUCUCCUGCCGCUGGAAAUAAUCUCCUCCCACAAUCUGCUACCUCUAGUGGUGGAUUUACAUUCGGUCAGCAGAAUGGUUCUGCAACGACUGCUACACCGACUGCCUCUUCUUUUGGUGCACCUCCGCCCAGUGCUGGAGGAGGAGGGGGUGCAUUAUUCACUAUAGGAUCUGCGCCUCCUCCACCACCUGCAGGUGGUAGGCAGAUAAAGAAACUCCCGAUGAGAAAAAAGCGUUAA